UGUUUCCAUCUUCAGGCCAAUUCUGAUACUCUUUACUAGCAGUAGAAAUUUUUGAAAAUUUUGAACCAAUUUGACAUAAAAAAAGCCGGAAGCAGUAGAAGACGGAUCAGAUGCCCGUCACUCUAGUCAACCCAUACAUAACCGGGUUUUGGGAGGAAUAAAAUACCUGCGUUCCAUCCUGUGCGUCCUAGUUUUAGUGUAAUAUAUCCUGCUUUCGUUGAACCAUGGCUACAUUUAGGACAGGCCGAAAGACAGGAUAUGAUAGGAUCAGACAUAGAACCCAUUAUACAAGAUAAGUUGAGUCCGCGGAAUUGGUUCCUUGUUGUAAACGUAUCGUUGGAAUUGAUAUACUCAAGAAAUGGGGGCAUCCAGUGGAGCGGGCAGUAUUUCUGGCUCAACAUUACCGAAAUGGCAACUUGCACUGGCUGUCGGUGCGCCGGUCGCUCUCGGCCUUGGGUACAUGUACUACAGAAACAGUUCUAAGUCCGCAUCGAGACCUCGAGGAAAACCAAAAGGCGGAACCGGCAAAGAAAACGGUACUGCAAAGGACAAACAAUUAUCAGUUGACGGUGACGACCCGUCCAAAGUUGUCUCUCCACCGCAACCCCGAAAUGAGACUCCACUGGAGAAGGCUACGAGGUACAAGAAUGAAGGAAAUGAUUAUUUUAAAUCUGGUAAAUAUGAUGAGGCCAUUCUCUCGUAUAACAAGGCAAUUGAGACUUGCCCAACAGAAAAUUCAAUGGAUUUAGCAACAUUUUAUCAAAACAGAGCUGCGGCUUACGAUCACCUGAAAAAAUAUACCGCUGUUAAAGCAGAUUGUACAAAGGCAUUGGAGUUAAAUCCUCGAUAUAUCAAAGCUCUCCAACGCAGAGCUCGAGCCCUGGAACACAGCAGAGAAUGGGUUUCUGUUUUGGAAGAUGUCACAGCCGCAUGCAUUCUUGAGCAAUUUUCAAAUCAAAGUACGCUUAUGAUGGCUGAUAGAGUCUUGAAGCAGCUUGGUAGACAACAUGCUAAAGAGCAUAUAGAGAACAAAAAACCAGUUAUGCCUAGCAAGCACUUUAUCAGGACAUACUUUAGCUCUUUUAGCAAUGACCCGAUCCUGACAAAGCUGAAAGAAUCGGAAACUAUGGAGCCAUCGACGGGGUACGCUAAAGCAAGACAGGCUAUGAGAGAAGAGAAGUAUGACGAUGUAAUAUCGUUCUGUUCGGAGGAAAUAGAUCGACCAGAGUUUGUCCCGGAAUCUUGCAUGGAAGUAUAUUUGCUCCGUGCAACUUUCCACCUUUUACUGGGUCGCCAUACUAACGCCAUCACAGACCUUCAGAAAAUUAUCGAAAGUGAAAAUUCCAGUAGAGAAGUUAAGACAAACGCUUUGAUAAAAAGAGCAAGUAUGUACAUGCAACUUGAGGAUCCUGACAAAUGUUUCCUCGACUUCGAAAAAGCAACGGAAAUUUAUCCAGAGUGUGGAGACAUUUAUCAUCACAGAGGGCAGGUAAACCUAAUUUUAGAAAAGGUAAACGACGCUCUAGAGGAUUUUCAGAAGGCAGUAACUCUCAAUCCUGAUUUCGGUAUUGCUUUUGUACAAAAAUGUUACACUGAUUAUCGAUACGCAAUUUUAUCUAAAGAUAAGGACAAAAUAAACAAAGUCUUGAAAGAUUUUGAAAUUGCGUUUGAAAAAUUCCCAGAUUGCGUGGAGUCUUACACACUAUAUGCACAGGUUUUAUGUGAUUCGCAAGAUUUUGCAAAGGCAGAUUCAUAUUUUGCCAAGGCUCUCCAAAGAGACCCGAAUAAUGCAAAUGUCUAUGUACACAGAGGUUUGCUACAGUUACAAUGGAAUGGCAAUAUCAACAAGGCCAUCGAAUACAUAAACAAGGCAUUGAAAUUGGAUAACAAAUGCGAAUUUGGUUAUGAAACUUUGGGUACCAUUGAAGUGCAGAGGGGUAACCUCAAAGAGGCAAUUGAAUUAUUUGACCAAGCAUUAGCACUGGGUCGCACAGAAAUGGAGCUAUCGCACAUAUUCAGCUUAAGGGAUGCUGCAAAAGCACAGUUGACCGUCACAGAGCGACUGGGUCUAGACCUUUCUACGCUGUCAAGUUUACAGGGGAUAUCCUAAAAUGCUGCGUGAUUGUUGACGAAAUUAUUACUGUAACAUAGCAGAACACAUCGAUAAUUGACUAAACUAUAUCAAUGAAGUUAAUUAUCCACUGUAAUAGCAUCCAUAAAGAUCUGGAUGACUGAUGCAAAAGUGAUCAAAUAAUUCACAAGUCACUACUACUUUCAAUUCCGAUGAAUGUAUCCUGUUGAGUCAGAACGUGGUUGAAGGUUCCCUAUUAAUCUUAUCAGCAAUGUUCAGUAAGUCUUCGGACGCUAAUGAUUCUGUGUAAAUCUCACACAACAGCCAGUAGAAACACGAAAUUGCAGAAUAUCACUGCCUCAUCAGACUGAAUUUGUGCUUUUUUCAUAGAAUAACCAAUGUAUAAAUUUGUACUCGUUGGCAGUACCUUAUUUUUGUUUUUUAUGAAAUACACCAGUCAGACCCGUAUAAAUGUCCGGUGAAUUGCCGUUUGGCAGCCUUCAGAAAAAAAAAAUCAAUGAGAUCUGCCAAGGGGUAUCAUAGAAUUCUUGCAUCCACUUGGGAAUACUAGCAUCAGAAUUAUGCGACCAUAUUUUUUGGCAGUCUAAAUCAAUAAUUAAUCAAUUUUCUUAUAAUUUGGAAGGGCUUGAUUAAUUUAUUUCGUGCAGAAUGUAAAUCGUUUCCGGAGUUCCCGGAUUUUUAAUAGAUGUAACAUUUUUGGUGCAUUUUUUUAUGGAUUAAGUUACAGACAUGUAUGUAAACGUUUUUUAGUCGUAUUGUGUAUGAACUUGAACUGUUGAAUAUAUUAUAUUAUCAA